GCGGCUGGGGCGGUGUCCCCGCCGGCUCACUCUCACGGAGAUGACCUCCCCACUGUGGUUCUGCUGCUUCUGCGUCUGGGCCGCCGCCAACUGGCCGCCAGGAAGCGCCCUACAGCUCCAGCCCGGCAUGCCAAAUGUUUGCAGAGAGGAGCAGCUGAUGGUGGUAGGCCUGUCACGCCCAUGCACUCAAGCUUUCGUAGACACUGUCAAGUUCUGGAAGCAAGGCUGCUCAGGCCCACAGUGGUGUGUGGGUUAUGAAAGAAGGACUCGCUACUAUACCGCCUACAGACAUGUGUACGCCACAGAGCACCAGGUGGUCUUCCGGUGCUGCCCUGGCUGGAGCCGAUGGGAUGAUGAGCCAGGCUGCUUUUUCUCUGUCUCUUCUUUGGGAACUCAUUUCAGUGGAAGGGAGUGCUCAGAGGGGGACACUCAGCUGUGCCUUUGUUCACGAGGAUUUCAGGGACCCCACUGUCAAUAUGAUAUAAACGAAUGUGCUGUUGACAAUGGUGGCUGUCAAGACCGAUGCUGUAAUACGAUUGGCAGUUAUUACUGCAGAUGUCAAGCUGGCCAAAAGCUGGAGGAAGAUGGCAGAGGAUGUGAAGACAUCGACGAAUGUGCCGUGGUGAAUGGAGGCUGCCAGCAGCGCUGCAUUAACACUCAGGGCACUUUCCGCUGUGAGUGUGAUACAGGAUACAGACGCCAUGCUGACGAACGCACCUGCAUAAAGACAGACCCCUGUGCCGGUGGGAAUGGAUGUGAGCACCUAUGUCAGAGUGAGAAUGGCAUGGCCAGGUGUGCCUGCCACGCUGGGUACCAGCUGUCUGAAGACAAAAAGACCUGCGAAGAUGUAGAUGAGUGUGCCGAAGAGCCUGCUCCCUGUGCUCAUCGCUGUGUGAACUCAAAGGGGUCCUUUACCUGUACCUGCCACGCUGGCUUUGAGCCAGGAGCUAACGGAAAGCAUUGUUACAGAAUUGAAUUAGAAAUUGUCAAUGUCUGUGAAAAGGACAAUGGCGGUUGUUCUCAUCACUGUGAGCCUGCGUUUGGUGGCCCGCAUUGUUCCUGUGACCAUGGACAUCAGCUUGAUACGGAUGAGAAAACAUGCAUAGACUUUGAUGAAUGUGCGAGUGGAGAAGCCUGCUGUGCCCAGCUCUGCAUCAACUAUUUAGGAGGCUACGAAUGCAGCUGUCAGGAAGGCUUUCAGAUCAGUUCCGAUGGUUGUGGAUGUGAUGCUUUAGAUUAUGAGCAGUUCGAGGAGGAAGAAGAGGAACCAGAUAUUGUGAGGUUUCCAGGCCUUCUGGUUCAGAGCCCACCUCAGCCAUUCCCUUAUCUUGCUCCUUCUCUGGCUGCUUCAUAUGAAGAUGAAGACAAUGAUGAUGAAGAGCAGGAAGCAGAAGGAGAGUUCCAAGGCCUGACAGCCUUGCACAGAGUUGUCUGUUUAGAUGGCACCUUUGGUCUGGACUGCAGCUUGAGCUGUGAGGAUUGCCUGAAUGGAGGUAGAUGUGAAGAAGGACAGAGUGGCUGCUCCUGUCCAGCAGGCUGGACUGGCAUCCUUUGCAAUGAAAGCAGCACCCUAGGAACUCAAGCUCCUGUGGAUGCCAGCAAAAAUGAAUUUGUGGGCAACUGCAAUUGUCAGAAUGGAGGCAUCUGUGAUCCUCAGACUAAACAGUGCCAAUGCCCUCCAGGUGUUUAUGGGAAGAUUUGUGAAGAAGGAUGCCUGAAAGGGUUCUUUGGGAAGAACUGUAAAAGAAAAUGCCAGUGUGCCAGCAGUGGACAUUGUCACAGGGUAUAUGGUACCUGUAUGUGUGACCCAGGGCGCUAUGGAAGAUUUUGUCAUCUCAGUUGUCCCAGGGGGGCCUAUGGAGCUGGCUGUUCUUUGGAAUGUCAGUGUGUGGAAGAGAACACCCUGGAAUGCAAUGCCAAAAAUGGUAGUUGCACCUGCAAAUCUGGUUACCAAGGCAACAGAUGCCAGGAAGAAGCCUGCCCUGAUGGCCUCUGGGGACCAGAAUGUCAGUUCUCCUGUGGACUCUGUAAAAAUGGAGGUCAUUGCAACAGAAAGUCUGGAAACUGCGACUGUGCUUCUGGUUACACAGGAAAAUCCUGUACCCUGUUCUGCCCACCAGGCACGUAUGGGAAAGACUGUAACCAGGUAUGUCAGUGUUCAGCAAAGAACGGAGACUGCCAUCCAGUCACUGGAAGAUGUACCUGCCUGCCUGGCUACCAUGGAAACCACUGUCAACUUCGGUGCCCAAAAGACACUUAUGGUCCAAAUUGCCAAGAAACGUGUAAGUGUCUGAAUGGAGGUCAAUGUGACAACACACUUGGCAGCUGUACCUGCCCUCCUGGCUUCACUGGGGCAGACUGCAGUCAACCUUGCCCUGGAGGUCGUUAUGGGAUGGAUUGUGUCCAACAGUGUUCCUGUGGCUCAGGGAAGUGUGACCCAGUGACAGGAAAGUGUCAUUGUCCACCUGGCCUGAUGGGAACAAGGUGUCAGCAAGGUUGUCCCCAGACAAGAUAUGGCACCAAUUGUGAACUCAAGUGUGCAUGUAAAAAUGGUGGACUUUGCAGUCCUGUGGAUGGAAGCUGCAGCUGUGGCCUUGGAUGGACUGGGGGCUACUGUGAGGAAGCAUGUUCUCCUGGUAAUUAUGGCCCAAACUGCACAUUCAGUUGCAAUUGUCAGAACAGUGGCAUUUGCAACAGGUUUUCUGGAGGCUGUGAGUGUCCCAACGGGUACUAUGGACAAAGCUGUGAACACGAAUGUCCUCCUGGAUUUCAUGGCUCUAAUUGUGUUCACACCUGUAACUGCCAGAAUGGAGCCAGUUGUGAUAUAGCAAGUGGACAGUGUGUUUGCCCAGCAGGUUUCCAUGGCAACCUUUGUGAACAAGAAUGUCCACCUGGAAUGUUUGGGGACAAUUGCCAUCAACAUUGUGACUGCGAAGGAGAAAAUUUUUGUCACUCAAUCACAGGAAAAUGCUUCUGCCCCCCGGGGAGGACAGGAGCCAGAUGUGAAACAGAAUGUAAGACAGGUCACUAUGGACCAGACUGCCUGUUGCUGUGUGAAUGCUCACAGGGAGCUCGCUGCAACCCUGUUAAUGGCAGCUGUGCUUGUCCCAGGAGGAGAAUGGGCCCAACCUGUGAGGAUAAUGGCCUGGCUCCUGGACAGCCCAAGGCCCACAGCUCUUCAGAAGGUGACUAGGAUUUCGAUGCAGCUUCCUCGUGGUUUGUCAUCUUAACUCUGGCAGGGACAUAAACACUCACCAAUCUCCUCACCACAGAGCAUCGCGAAUUGAAAAGGUGAUACCUCAAGUUUACCACCUCCAUGCCCAAUUCUUGCAGAUCUCCUUGUCCUAGGAACACACUCAAAAGAGAGUGUUUGUUCAGGAUCUGAACCAUAGUAACACUUGAACUCAUAAAAGAAGCUUUUUAGAAAAUAUGUGCAGAAGGUAUUUGAACUUGGAAGCAAUAACUGCUUUGUACUGCAGGUUGGGCUGCAGUGAAAUAUUCACACCUAUUCACCGAAAACCUCAGUACCCGUAAGUAGCUGGAGCCUCUUUAGGAAUGGUUAGAAUUCUAUCUGUUUAUUUUCAGAACCUGCUUCCCAGUAACUCUGCUGCAGGCUUCAAAUAUACUGUAUUUUAGACAUGGCUUUUAAUGUGAGAGACUAUUAAAACGUUAGCCACAGGGGACAAAAAAAUCAGAAUAAAGACAUGACAUGCACAUGAACAGUGAGUCCUGAAAAUGUUUAGCAAUGUUUUCUGUCUCUAGUCAGCAUACACGGAAAACACAGACAGAACUGAGAGAGGCCAAGACUUGGCUGAUGCUGGGUGUUCUCUAUUUCCUUCAACUCAGGGACGAAUUGAAGUAGCCUUAAAAUUUAAAUUACUCAUCAUUUCAACCAGCUCAUAGUCACUUGUAUGGGACCAUUUUGUUUUGGCUCCCAAGGAGUUUAUAGAUACUUUUUUUUUCUUUUUUUCUUUUUCAGAAUCCUGGCUAAUUCAUAUUUGCAGAUAAUUACUUUGUUCACUGAAAAUGCUGUUCACUUUGCCUGAGCAUUUUUGGAGUAAACACAGAGACUAUUGAAAGUAUAUGGCUGGACAUUAUUUAUGUAAAAUGAUUAGAGAGGCUUUUAAAAAUCAAAACCGAUUUUGGAUAAAAUUUCUGCAAAGAUUUAAGACAGACACUUGAUGCUGUAAAUUCAGCAGAGCCAUUAGUUGUGUGUAACCUUGACCUCUGCACUGUUUUUUCCUUGCAGUUCUAGAAAGCAAAGCCAGGGCUUUUCCCAUACCAAGCAUGAGUUUUACCGCUGAGACGCUGUACUCCUCUCUCCUCAGCCCAUUCAGCAGACAUGUAACCUACCUGCUGAAGGAAGAUGUGGUAAAAUGAAUGACUCUGGAUGACAGAGAGGACUUAAUGGGAUCACGAUCUUAAGACAUUCUUUAGAGAUUUAAUUUGGCUCUAAAAGAGACACAUUCAGCUAACCUUCUGUUUUCUCCAUACUAGGGACUCAUGUUCUCUAUUUGCAUGCAUUAAAGUACUUACUUCAACAGUUAAUGCCACAAUAAAUAGUCAAAGUAACUGAGCACUGUGUUCAAUUCUGAAUGGUUGCCCAUUUUUUAAACCAAUUUUUCCAGUCUCGCAAAAUUAUUACCCACUUAUCAGCAGAAUCGACAGUAAAAGGCAGUUGCAGAGCUUAAGGGGGUGGCUUCAGCAUAUGAACCAGAGAAUGGAUCCUCACAGUCCACUUAAUGUGAGCUGAGCAUGGUGACUGCACAUAAUUCCAGUACAAGGUGGUGAUGCGGACCCCUGGAUCAAAUUGGCUAGCUAGAUUUAUCAGUGAGCUCUGGUUUCAACUGAGAGACCCUGCCUCAAAGAAUAAGGUGGAGAGCAAUCUAGGAAGACUCCCAGCAUUAACCCAGCCCUCCACAUGCACACCAUAUACACAAGCAAGUGCUUGCGGACACACAAACACACAUGCAAUUUUUUCUUUAUUUCUUUUUUUAAUCAGUGUGUGCAAUCUUAUGUUACUAUCCCUCUCCUUUUCUGGACUCUUGCCAUUUUAUUUGUUAAAAAGACAGUGACUAUAAAAAGGGUGAAAGAGCACAGAAUUGGAUUUCUUGUCCGUACUUGAGAUUUCCUCUCCAUUGAGAGAGAAGAUAGACUCUGAUUUUGUAAGGGAAAACAAUGAAAUUUCUUUCUGUCUAUAUUUGUGAGCAUUUCUUUGUGAAUAAGAAGCCUUUAGUAAAACAGUUCUGGACGAAUGCCAGAUGCUUCAUUUACCAUCUCCUUCUACCCAUAUUACUCCUCAAAAACGAAAAUAAAUAAACAAAUAUAAAGGAUUAUGAGAGACACUAAAUCCAUAGCAUUAACUUGUGUGACUCUUCUUUGCUGUUGUUUUGGGACAAUCACCAUGCAUCUUUGGCUGUCCUGGAACAUACUAUGUAGACUAGGCCGGCCUCUGCCUUUGAGUGCUGGCAUUAAAGGCACCUGCCACCACACCUGGCUUGUAUGGCUCUUUACACAAACUGAGUUUCACUUUCCUCCUUAUUGUAUCAGUCAGCAAGAACUUAUUCAAAUUCAAAUUACCAUAACUCCCCUCCUUUCUCAAAAUUCAUGGGUUGCCUCUUUCAACAUUAAAAAUGAAACCAGAAGGGGUGGGGGGAGGUUGGAAUCAAAAUGUUUUCGGUCCACUUUUGGUUACCUUGAAAUAAAUGUUCUUUGGGGUUUUUUGUUUGUUUGUUUGUUUGUUUGUUUUUGUCAGCUUUUGAUCACUAUAGCAAAUGCUAGGUCAAUCAACUUAAGAAGAAAAAGCAUUUAAUUUUUGGUUCAAUUUUGCUGUUGAAACUCCUGACCUGUGGGGUUUGUUGGUUCUAGCUGUCGUGGAGGAUGACUUAUUAUUGGGAGUACGUGGUAUUGCAAAUCUGCCUAUGGAUAGGAAAGUGAAGGAAUGAAAGGGUUUGAGGUUCCUCUACCUUUUCCAACAGGAUCCCAGCAGUGACUUGAAGACUACCUAUAUGCCACAACUUUACCUUUGUCCACCUCCAAAAAGCCAUCCCCAGAGCUUCAAGGUCUUACAUAGUCAGUCCUGGAACCACUGCAGGUGAACCUCUGCAAAUGAGUAGACAGUAGUUCACGUCAUCUAAAAGCCACAUGUGUUCUGUUGGAGGAUACCAUUCUACUCUGAAAAUUGUUAAGAGCAAAAUAUCACAGGUCAACUGACAAUCAAUGUAAAUCUGCAGAAAGUCACAGUCCAAAGGGCCCCCCCUAAAAAAAAUCUAUUUUUCCUCCAGAUGAUUUUUAGAGAAUUAAAAGAAAAUGUCAAUUAAGAAAGCAGUCUAUUGAAGCUUCAUGUUUUCUCAACAAAGAAAGUAGAUUGUUCAUUUUCACGCUGUAUAGAUUUACCUGAGGUUCCUCCACAUAAGAAGCUAUGCAGGGCACUUGAGAGACAUCUCAAGGGUUGAAAGCAUAUGCUGUUCUUAUAGAGGGGGGACCAGAGUUCAAUUCCUUGCUCCCAGGUCAGGUGGUUAAGAACUACCUAUAACUCUAGGAUCGGAUGCCUCUGGCAUCUGCCAGCACCUGCAUUCAUAUGCACACACUCUCCCCCAACAUAUACACACAUAUAGAUGUUUUAAAAUACCUUCAAUCUUUUUAAUAACUCUAUACCAUUCAAGAGAACUGUGAUUUGCCUAUCAAGUUGUAAUCUCUAUGAUGCUAUAAAAAUCUAGCUAUUGUUUAGAGUGACCUACAAUUUAAGAAGUAAGUCUAUAAUUUAAAAGGUAUGACAUCCUUAAGCUAACGUUCAAUGUAAAAUUAGAAGUUUUGUCAUUGGAAUAAUUUAUCUAUUCCCUCUUCUGUCUUUCUUCACUGUCCUUUGAAUGUAGAAAUGCUGGUCCGCAGAGGAAAUAUAUCUACCCAUAAUACUUAAACUUUUUACAAAAAUGCCUAUGCUGUAAUACUUCAGGCUCUUUCAUUUCAAAUACAAGAUCAGAGGGGAGAUUAUUACGCUUCUCUGCAAUAAUACAGCUCGAGUUUAAAGAGAAGAGGGCAGAGGUAUGGACAUGUGUGUGCUAAUUUAGUGUCUCCAUCAACAUGCCUGUGCUCUACCAUUUCAGCACAGCACCUAACAUUCCCUGCACUCUGACUUUUACAUUCAUUUAUUGAGUUUUCCAGAAGAGACGGCUAUUUGACACAGGUUAAAUUAUUUUUAGAGGACUUAGAAAUC